AUGAAAUCAUUUCCACGUCGAGGUUGGCUAUUUGUCUUCUUUAACUGCGUCGUUAACUUAUCCAGGAAUCGAAACUACAUUCCCGCGCCCCGCGAACCGGAGAUGGCUCCCGUAUUGUGCUACUGGAAAGUCCGCGGUUUGGCUCAGCCCAUCCGUUUGUUGCUGGAGUACGUCGGUGACAGUUACGAAGAACAUUCAUACGGUCGGUGCGACAGAGAGAAAUGGCAAAAUGAUAAGCACAACCUUGGUCUUGAAUUGCCCAAUUUACCCUACUACAAGGACGGAGAUUUUUCCCUGACUCAAUCACUCGCCAUUCUACGUUACAUCGCCGACAAACAUAAUAUGAUUGGCAAUACUCCGGAAGAAAGAGCUAAAAUAUCCAUGAUUGAAGGAGGGUUGGUGGACUUACGAGCCGGUGUAUCGCGUAUUGCUUAUCAAGAAAACUUCGAACAGCUCAAGAUACCUUACCUGCAACAGCUACCAACCACCUUGCGUAUGUGGUCGCAGUUUUUAGGUAAAAAUUCCUACCUCCAUGGUUCAACGCCGACUCAUUUGGACUUCAUGUUCUACGAGGCCCUAGAUGUAAUCCGCUACAUGGAUCCGACGUCUGUUGAAGCCUUCCCGAACUUGGUACAGUUCAUCCAUCGUAUUGAGGCUUUGCCCAACAUCAAGGCGUUCAUGGAGUCUGAUCGCUUCAUCAAGUGGCCACUAAAUGGAUGGAGCGCAUACUUUGGUGGUGGUGAUGCUCCUUCGAAAUAAUACGCUAAUUUUGUAUGAAAUAAGUUCUGAUUGCAAUUUUUCCUUCAUUCCUGAAGAAAAUACAUGAAUUGUUGCGCUGAUAUGAU